AUGCCUGUUCACCCUAACCCCCGGAUGCCUGUUCACCCUAACCCCCGGAUGCCUGUUCACUCUAACCCCCGGAUGCCUGUUCACCCUAACCCCCGGAUGCCUGUUCACCCUAACCCCGGGAUGCCUGUUCACCCUAACCCCCGGAUGCCUGUUCACUCUAACCCCCGGAUGCCUGUUCACCCUAACCCCCGGAUGCCUGUUCACCCUAACCCCCGGAUGCCUAUUCACUCUAACCCCCGGAUGCCUGUUCACCCUAACCCCGGGAUGCCUGUUCACCCUAACCCCCGGAUGCCUGUUCACUCUAACCCCGGGAUGCCUGUUCACCCUAACCCCCGGAUGCCUGUUCACCCUAACCCCCGGAUGCCUGUUCACCCUAACCCCCGGAUGCCUGUUCACUCUAACCCCCGGAUGCCUGUUCACCCUAACCCCCGGAUGCCUGUUCACCCUAACCCCCGGAUGCCUGUUCACCCUAACCCCCGGAUGCCUGUUCACUCUAACCCCCGGAUGCCUGUUCACCCUAACCCCCGGAUGCCUGUUCACCCUAACCCCCGGAUGCCUGUUCACUCUAACCCCCGGAUGCCUGUUCACUCUAACCCCCGGAUGCCUGUUCACCCUAACCCCCGGAUGCCUGUUCACCCUAACCCCCGGAUGCCUGUUCACUCUAACCCCCGGAUGCCUGUUCACCCUAACCCCCGGAUGCCUGUUCACUCUAACCCCCGGAUGCCUGUUCACCCUAACCCCCGGAUGCCUGUUCACUCUAACCCCCGGAUGCCUGUUCACUCUAACCCCCGGAUGCCUGUUCACUCUAACCCCCGGAUGCCUGUUCACUCUAACCCCCGGAUGCCUGUUCACCCUAACCCCCGGAUGCCUGUUCACUCUAACCCCCGGAUGCCUGUUCACCCUAACCCCCGGAUGCCUGUUCACUCUAACCCCCGGAUGCCUGUUCACUCUAACCCCCGGAUGCCUGUUCACUCUAACCCCCGGAUGCCUGUUCACUCUAACCCCCGGAUGCCUGUUCACCCUAACCCCCGGAUGCCUGUUCACUCUAACCCCCGGAUGCCUGUUCACCCUAACCCCCGGAUGCCUGUUCACUCUAACCCCUGGAUGUCUGUUCACCCUAACCCCCGGAUGCCUGUUCACCCUAACCCCCGGAUGCCUGUUCACCCUAACCCCCGGAUGCCUGUUCACCCUAACCCCCGGAUGCCUGUUCACCCUAACCCCCGGAUGCCUGUUCACUCUAACCCCCGGAUGCCUGUUCACUCUAACCCCCGGAUGCCUGUUCACUCUAACCCCCGGUUGCCUGUUCACUCUAACCCCCGGAUGCCUGUUCACUCUAACCCCCAGAUGCCUGUUCACGUUUUCUAA